UUUAUUUAUUACUACUAGUAACAAAAAACUUAUAAACACAACAAAGACCAAAAACUUUGUUUAACAAACAUCAAAACAAAAAAAAAAAAAAAACAUGGGUGUUUUUGUUUCUGUUUCAUCGUAUCUCUUGUUGUUAUGUUUUGUGUUAGUAUUAACAACAACAUCAUUAAGCAGCCAAACAGUCAAUGCAAAUGGUGAGCUAAGAGCAUUGAUGUUGAUCAAAGCAAGUUUAGACCCAGAAAACACUCAUUUGGGGUCAUGGACUGUAUUGGCAAACAAAUGUGAUGGGUCAUUUGAAGGUGUGGGUUGUAAUGAAAAUGGUAAAGUGGCUAAUAUCUCAUUGCAAGGUAAAGGGCUAAUUGGGAGACUAUCCCCUGCUUUUGGUGAGUUGAAAGAGUUGACUGGUUUGUACUUGCAUUAUAACUCAUUGUCUGGUCAAAUUCCUAGAGAGAUUGGCAACUUGACAAUGCUUACUGAUUUGUAUCUUAAUGUCAAUAAUCUUUCUGGAAAUAUUCCUCUUGAGCUUGGAAACAUGGAGAAUUUACAAGUAUUGCAGCUCUGUUAUAACCAGUUAAGUGGAAGCAUACCAACUCAACUUGGAUCACUUGAGAAGCUUAAUGUUCUUUCUUUGCAAUUCAAUCACCUCAGUGGUGCGUUACCUGCAAGUUUGGGGAAUUUGGGGGUGUUAACAAGGCUAGAUUUAAGCUUCAACUACCUUUUUGGUUCGAUCCCGACAAGAUUGGCUGAUGCUCCAAUGCUCCGAGUUUUGGAUGUGAGAAAUAAUACUCUAUCCGGCAACGUACCUCUAGCUUUGAAGAGAUUAGCUGGAGGAUUCCAAUAUGCAAACAACCUGGGACUAUGUGGAGUUGGAUUCACAACCUUGAAAGCUUGCAGUCCCUUGGAUCUGUUGGAUCCAAACGGUGUACCAACAAAGAAUAUCCCAGAAACAGCUAACUUAAAGUUAAACUGUAGCGACUCAAGAUGCUCAAAUUCAUCAAAAACCCCACAAGCUUCCAUUAUUGUUGGAGUGGUGAUAGCAGUUGUUGGAUUAUCAGUCAUAGCUUUCUUAGCAGUUUCACAUUAUCUAAAUAGAGUGCAAAAAUGCAGUGAUAAGUUUGACCCUAUUAACGGACCCAUUGAUCAUUUGAGGUCAAAGGAAGCAUGCAGGAAAAACGGGUCACCUCUAAUCAACCUCGAGUAUCCCAAUGGUUGGGACCCGUUAGCCGAGGGUCGACGAUUUGGUGGUGUCUCUCAAGAAAUAAUGAGGAGUUUUAGGUUUAACUUGGAAGAAAUAGAGUCAGCUACACAAUACUUCGCUCCUAGAAACUUGUUAGGAAAGAGCGUCUUUUCUGCCAUUCAUAAAGGAAUGUUAAGAGACGGAACUGUUGUUGCUAUAAAAAGUAUUAUAAAGAGUAGCUGCAAGUCUGAGGAAUCCGAGUUUUUGAAAGGUUUGAAUAUUUUGACGUCAUUAAGACAUGAGAACUUAGUGAAACUGCGAGGCUUUUGCUGUUCAAAAGGGCGUGGUGAGUGUUUUCUUAUUUAUGACUUUGUGCCUAAUGGAAGCCUUUUACGGUAUCUUGACAUGAAGGGUGAUGGUCACAUUCUUGAAUGGUCCACUCGGUCUUCCAUCAUCAAUGGCAUCGCCAAAGGUAUAGAGUAUUUACAUGGGAGCAAGCUAAACAAACCAGCUAUGGUCCAUCAAAACAUAUCGGUCAAGAACGUGCUACUAGAUCAGCGCUUCAAACCAUUACUCUCUGAUUCUGGCCUUCAUCAGCUUUUGACAGAAGAUUCAGUGUUUUCGUCACUCAAAGCCAGUGCUGCGAUGGGAUAUCUAGCUCCCGAGUAUGCUACCACGGGCCGGUUCACCCAAAAAAGUGAUAUUUAUGCAUUUGGGGUUCUUGUUUUCCAAAUUAUCUCUGGUAAACGGAAAUUUGCCAGUGCAGCUCGCUUUGCUGCUGAAUCAUGCACUUUCAUUGAUUUUAUUGACCCAAAUCUCCAAGGAAGAUUCUGUGAGCAUGAAGCUGCUAAGUUUGCAAAAAUUGCAUUGAUGUGCACCCACGAGUCUCCUGAUCAGAGGCCGUCCAUUGAAGAAGUUGUUCAAGAGCUUGGUAAUCCAUUAAGCUAACGUCCACUAAAUGAUUUUACCCUCUUCGUUAGUUAUUGAUUAGAUUGUUUUUAGAAAGUAGUUGUAAGGAAAUAGAUGUUGUGCUACUAACUUCUCACUCUUGACUCUCUAUGGAACCUUUAGAAGUUUUGUUGUUGUAGCUUGUGCAUGUUGUAGUUUUCAAUUUAAUUUACAUUUGCUCUAUGAAACGGUAAAAUUUCUCCGGGCAUAUAAUGAAAGUUCAAACUCAAGCUUA